GAAAAAAUAGGGGAAAGUCUCCAAUCAGUGAGAAAACGCGGUCUACUGAGAAUUCUGUCCCCACACGCGAUAGUAAAAAAUAAUCAAAACCUCGAGGCUAAAACAAGUAAAUGUUAUUGAAAGUAAAUCAAAUAGUGUGGCAAUUUUAUCGGAAUUUGCAUAAAAUGAGCUUGGAGGAGGCUAAGAAAAUUGCAGCCUAUAGGGCAGUGGAUGAAUUUGUGAAAAAUGACCAAAUUGUGGGCAUCGGCAGUGGAUCAACCGUUAUCUACGCUGUGGAGCGUCUAGCUGAAAAGGUGCACAAGGAGAAAAUAAAUGUGAUCUGCAUCCCAACCAGUUUCCAAGCUCGUCAGCUCAUCAUUGGCAAUGGUCUCAAAUUGAGUGAAUUGGAAAUGCAUCCAGAAAUUGAUGUUGUUAUCGAUGGAGCAGAUGAAUGUGAUGAGAAUCUCACCCUUAUAAAGGGCGGUGGUGGAUGUCUACUUCAGGAAAAAAUUGUGGCAUCAUGCUCGAAGAAAAUGGUUGUCGUGGCUGACUACACCAAGGACUCCAAGACACUGGGACAGCAAUAUAAGAAAGGCAUCCCUAUUGAAGUUGUUCCAAUGGCUUAUAUCCCUAUUCGCAAUAAAAUCCAGAAUCUCUAUGGGGGAAAACUUCAGCUGAGGAUGGCAGUAGCUAAGGCAGGACCCUGUAUCACUGACAAUGGCAAUUUCAUUCUGGAUUGGCAUUUUCCCACCGGAGAUCAUGACUGGGCAAAGAUUGGCACGGAAAUAGGGAUGAUUCCUGGGGUUGUGGAGACUGGAUUGUUUGUUAAAAUGGCAGAGAAGGCUUUCUUUGGUCAAUCAGAUGGGACUGUAAAAGAGAAAUCAUCCUGAAUGUACUUAAUUAUUUCUGUAAUUUUUUUUUCUGGGAACAAGUAAAAUCAGCAUGACAUAA